AUGAUUCUAAUCUGUCCGGUUUGGGAUAUCCGUAGCAAGAUGCAAAUUUCGAGCCUUGACAACACAGUAUCCUCAGUUUUUACUCGACCUACGGUAAGCAAUCCUUUUCAAGUGAGAGAGAUCAUGUUUAAAUCUACCUAUAUUUUAUCAGAGCUUAUUUCUCACACAACUCCUCAUAAGUUUGGGGAGGGAAGAAAGGGAUGUGAUAUAACCAGAAUGAAAAACUGGAUUGGAUUUGCAAAAUUGGUGCAGGAUCCACAAGUUGUAACAGGCUCUCAUUACACAACCAUAAAGUUUUGGAACCUUAGACGUGAUACUAUUUUUUUGCAUUAUUCUCUUUCUGAUUUUGCUUUUCCACUCUCACACACUGUAAGAAAUUUGUGUGAGCAAUGGCUUUGCAUCCUAAGGAGUAU